CUUUCUGCAAACACAUUUGUAAAGUGUUAUUUCUAUGCACUGUCGCAGCUAUUGUUGUGGCAGUGAAAAGUAAAUAAUUUAGAGGGAAACUGGUAUGUGUCUUUGAAAAGGAGUAUUCCAAUACUUUACUCAGAUUAAAAACGUAAUAUUUGGUUCUAAUUGGUACUGUUUUGUUUCAUUUGGAGCCAAGAACCAGCACUACACGAUGGUUUUUUGGCAGGAUGCUCUCCUGAUUGCUACUUGAAGGGGGUCUUCCAAGAUCGUCUGCCACUCCAAAGAGAAGACCCCACCUUGUCUCUGUGUUACAUUGUGACCUCUCUCUUUAUCACCUUAUGGAGGAGUAGCUCUUGACGGUUUCAUUACAAGCAAUAAAAGAAGACGUGGCACGGAGCAUCUGAGAGGAGAGCAACAACAAGCAAAGAGACAAUGUCAUCCAACAGAAGCCAGAACCCUCAUGGGCUCAAGCAGAUUGGCCUGGACCAGAUCUGGGAUGACCUGCGAGCAGGAAUACAGCAGGUGUACACCAGACAGAGCAUGGCCAAAUCACGAUAUAUGGAACUGUACACACAUGUUUAUAACUACUGUACCAGUGUGCAUCAGUCCAAUCAGGCCCGUGGGGCAGGGCCCCCUCCAUCCAAGCCCUCCAAAAAGGCCCCCACCCCAGGAGGGGCCCAGUUUGUGGGCCUGGAGCUCUACAAGAGACUCAAGGAGUUCCUCAAGAACUACCUGACCAACCUGCUCAAGGACGGAGAAGACCUGAUGGAUGAGAGUGUAUUAAAGUUCUACACACAGCAGUGGGAAGACUACAGAUUCUCCAGCAAAGUGCUGAAUGGUAUCUGUGCCUACCUCAACCGGCACUGGGUCCGCCGCGAGUGUGACGAGGGGCGCAAAGGGAUAUAUGAAAUCUACUCCCUCGCGUUGGUGACAUGGAGAGAAUGCCUUUUCAGACCUUUGAAUAAACAAGUCACAAAUGCUGUAUUGAAGCUCAUUGAGAAGGAACGUAACGGAGAGACCAUCAACACUAGGCUUAUCAGUGGAGUCGUCCAGUCCUAUGUUGAGUUGGGUCUCAAUGAGGAUGAUGCCUUUGCCAAAGGCCCCACGUUGUCAGUCUACAAAGAGUACUUCGAGACUCAGUUCUUGGCGGACACUGAGCGUUUUUACACACGAGAGAGCACAGAGUUCCUGCAACAAAAUCCAGUUACUGAAUACAUGAAAAAGGCUGAGGCGCGUCUGUUGGAGGAGCAGCGGAGGGUGCAGGUGUACCUCCAUGAGAGCACGCAGGACGAGCUGGCCCGCAAGUGUGAGCAGGUGCUCAUCGAGAAGCACCUGGAGAUCUUCCACACAGAGUUCCAGAACCUUCUGGACGCUGACAAAAAUGAAGACCUUGGGCGAAUGUACAAUUUGGUGUCCCGGAUCACUGAUGGAUUGGGAGAGCUGAAGAAACUCCUGGAGACGCACAUAUACAACCAGGGCCUUGCUGCUAUAGAGAAGUGUGGAGAAGCAGCUCUCAAUGAUCCCAAAAUGUAUGUCCAGACCAUCUUAGACGUCCACAAGAAGUAUAAUGCUUUAGUAAUGUCAGCGUUCAACAACGAUGCUGGUUUUGUUGCUGCUCUGGACAAGGCCUGUGGACGCUUCAUAAACAACAAUGCUGUGACCAAGAUGGUGCAGUCAUCCAGCAAAUCCCCAGAGCUCCUGGCUAGAUACUGUGACUCUCUGCUGAAGAAGAGCUCAAAGAACCCAGAGGAGGCAGAGCUAGAAGACACACUAAACCAAGUGAUGGUGGUCUUUAAGUACAUAGAGGACAAAGAUGUGUUCCAGAAGUUCUAUGCCAAGAUGCUGGCUAAGCGGUUAGUCCAUCAGAACAGCGCCAGUGAUGAUGCUGAAGCCAGUAUGAUCUCCAAACUAAAGCAAGCGUGCGGCUUCGAGUACACCUCCAAACUCCAACGCAUGUUCCAGGACAUCGGAGUCAGCAAAGACCUAAAUGAACAAUUUAAAAAGCACCUCACCAACUCUGAGCCUUUGGACUUGGACUUCAGCAUCCAAGUCCUCAGUUCUGGUUCCUGGCCCUUCCAGCAGUCCUGUACAUUUGCCUUGCCCUCUGAGCUGGAGAGGAGUUACCAAAGGUUCACUGCCUUCUACGCCAGCAGACACAGCGGGCGCAAGCUGACCUGGCUCUACCACCUGUCCAAAGGAGAGCUGGUCACCAACUGCUUUAAGAACAGAUACACUCUGCAGGCUUCUACCUUCCAGAUGGCCAUCCUAUUGCAGUACAAUGCUGAGGAUGUCUACACAGUCCAGCAGCUCGCAGACAGCACACAGAUCAAGAUAGACAUUUUGGUGCAGGUGUUGCAAAUCUUGUUGAAGUCUAAAUUGCUGGUCCUGGAGGAUGAGAAUGCAAAUGUGGAUGAAGUAGAGUUCAAACCAGACACCUUAAUAAAACUCUUCCUGGGAUACAAAAACAAAAAACUUCGGGUGAACAUUAACGUGCCAAUGAAGACAGAGCAGAAGCAGGAGCAGGAAACCACUCACAAAAACAUAGAGGAGGACAGGAAACUGUUAAUACAGGCUGCCAUUGUGAGAAUCAUGAAGAUGCGCAAAGUGCUAAAACAUCAGCAACUCCUGGCAGAGGUGCUGAAUCAGCUGUCAUCCAGGUUUAAACCAAGAGUUCCGUCAUCAAGGUAAAUUAUGCCGUAAAUUAGGCCACGUUAGAUGGAAAUUUACCUUAUCCCAGAGGAUUUCUUGGAACCACAUACUGUAAAUGCAACAUCUGCCAUGGUAGGAACGUGCUUGUUUUUGUCUUUCAGAAAUGUAACAAAUCUAUACUCCUGUAAGUUUAUGGA